UUUACAUAUUCGAAUCUCAGCGGAAAUCCUCCUCCCGUACAUCUAGUAAUAUCUCACAUCGAAAAGCAGUUGAUCAACAAUAUGUAUCCAUUCGGUUCUGGAAUGCCUCAACACCAAACAACAACCACAAUAUCAGCAAUCGAAUGAUCAACCUAAGGUGCCGUUUGGCGUUGGUUGGGUAACCGCACCGAUGCCACAAAAUCCACCAUACCCAAUGCCAUCCAAUUCCCCGCCGUACGGCCAACAACAACAACAACAACAACAAUAUCCAAGCGGCGGCGGCGGCGGAGCUCCAUAUCCAAUGCAUGCGCCAUAUCCCAACAGCAGCAGCGGCUCCAACACAACAUCAGCUCCGUAUCCAUACCCAAGCAAUCCAAGUAAUCCACCCCACAACCAACACCAUCAACAACAUCAACACCACCACCAACAAUCCUCGCACCAUCAUCACUACCAACAACAACAACAACAGCAGCAGCACCACCACCAAGUGCAAUAUGGUCAUAGUCCAAAUCGUGGCCAAAGCCAAAGUUACACUCAAACUCAGUCUUACAAGUCGUCAUCGUCGUCAUCGCCAUAUGGCUUCAAUGCUGGCCAACAGUCUUAUGGCCAGAGUCAGUCUUACGGCUUUGGACAGGGGCAGGCACAGGGGUAUGGACAGGGGUACGGACAGGGGCAAGGGUAUGGUCAGAUGCAUGUGCAGCAGCAGCGGUCGCUCAAUCAACACUUUACAGCCCACAAAGAGGGAACUCCCACAUUGGUGCCGGCUCAGGGCUUUGAUCCGGUGAAGGAUGCCCACGAUUUGCGCAAGGCGAUGAAGGGUUUUGGCACCGAUGAGGACAAGCUCAUCGAGAUCAUCUGUCGGCGCAACAACGAGCAGCGCCAGGAGAUCCAGCGCCAGUAUAAGACGCAUUUCGGCAAGGAUCUGAUCGAGGACAUCAAGUCGGAGACGAGCGGCAACUUUGAGAAGCUGCUCGUUGGCCUGCUGCGUCCCAUUGUCGACUAUUAUUGCAUCGAAUUGAACGAUGCGAUGGCUGGCAUUGGCACCGACGAGGAGGUCCUCAUCGAAAUCCUUUGCACGCUCUCCAACGUCGAGAUCCACACCAUCAAGAAUCAAUAUUUGCGCUUAUUUGGCGCACACUUGGAGUCCGAACUGAAAUCGGAGACGUCGGGCAACUUCAAGCGCCUGCUCACAUCGUUGUGCACAGCGGCGCGAGAGGAGAGCGGACGUGUCGAUCCCGCAAUGGCCAAAAACGAUGCCCGGGAGCUGCUCAAGGCGGGUGAACUGCGUGUCGGCACCGAUGAAAGCAUGUUCAACAUGAUUCUCUGCGAGCGCAACUAUCAGCAGCUUAAACUUAUAUUCCAAGAGUACGAGAGCAUGACGGGCCACUCACUGGAGAAGGCCAUCAAAAAGGAGUUCUCCGGCGACAUUAUGGAGGGCCUCAUUGCCAUCUACAAGUGUGUCACAAAUAAAACCGAGUAUUUUGCAUCGCGUUUGCACAAAUCAAUGGCCGGCAUCGGCACCAAUGACAAGCAGCUGAUUCGUGUCAUCAUCACGCGCAGCGAGAUCGAUUUGGCGGAUAUUAAGGUCGCUUAUGAGCGCUUGUAUGGCAAAUCGCUGAAGAGUUGGAUUAAGGGCGAUACUUCUGGACAUUACAAACACGCUUUGUAUGCGCUGAUUGGAGAACAACGCUCAUCUUAAGGGAACAACAAAAGACCAUUCGGGAGCAGAGGAAAAUGAAGCAAACCAAAAAGGAAAAAAAAUUGACAAAAAAAAAAAAAGAAAAGAAAUCUCUUUGUUUUCUGCAUUAAUGCAUCAACUAUUUUG